UUAGGCGUCCGCUUAGGGGCGGUCGUUUUGGGGUCUGUUGGGUCUCUCAGCCUGAUCUGAGGCUCCGGAAAGCUAGUUUGAACUGGGGUGACGAGAGCGGGAAGGCGCGAGAGGAGGCAGGCGCUGCACUGCAGUGAGGCGGGUCUCACGUUCGGGCAGCAGCGCCCGGGGGUGACCCCAUUCUGGGUCGGGGACAGGGAUGCCUGGGGCCCGACCUGGUCCGCCGCUCCCGGCCCGGCUCCGCCCACAGACUCCGAUGGCUGCGGCAGCGGCUAGAGUCCCGGCUCAGGUUGCUGUGGCUGCAGAAUCACUUGCAGACCAUGAAGAGGGCCAAGUGACAUUUGAGGAUGUGGCUGUCUACUUCUCACAGGAGGAGUGGGGGCUCCUUGAUGAAGCCCAGAGACUCCUGUACCGCAGUGUGAUGCUGGAGAACUUCUCACUGAUGGCCUCUCUGGGACUUACAUGUUCCAGGACCCAUGAAGUUACUCAGUUGGAGCAGUGGGGAGAGCCCUUUGUGCCUGCCUGUGGAGUCGUGAUCACAGCCACGCCAAGAGGUUGUUGGUGUGGAGCGGAGGCUGAGGACGUGGCACCUGAGCCGGGUGUUUAUGUAGAGGGAGUGCUCAGAGCAAACCUUCACCAACACCAGAAGCUGAGCUCCGGAGAGAAACCCUCAAGAAGAGAAGAGGGUGAGGAGGGUGGGAAGGUCUCCCCAGCUAGCUCUGGUCUUCCCAAGCAUCAGGUGGCUCACAGCAGAGGGGAGCCACAUAGGAGCACCGAAAGUGGGGAGGGCUUUCACCCUGGAAAAAGGCAUUACAGAUGCAGCGAGUGUGGGAAAGCCUUUGGUCAGAAAUACUUACUCGUUCAGCACCAGAGACUACACACUGGAGAAAAGCCUUAUGAAUGCAGCGAAUGUGGCAAAUUAUUUAGCCAUAAAUCCAACCUUUUUAUACACCAAAUAGUUCAUACUGGUGAAAGGCCUUACGGGUGUAGUGAAUGUGGAAAAUCUUUUAGUCGCAAUGCUGACCUCAUUCAACACCGGAGAGUUCACACUGGAGAAAAGCCUUUUAAAUGCAGUGAAUGUGGAAAAGCCUUCAGGCAUAAUUCCACACUUGUUCAGCAUCACAGAAUCCACACUGGAGUGAGGCCUUAUGAGUGCAGUGAAUGUGGGAAAUUCUUUAGCUUUAACUCAAGCCUCAUGAAACAUCAGAGAGUUCACACUGGAGAAAGGCCUUAUAAGUGCAGUGAGUGUGGGAAAUUCUAUAGCCACAAGUCAAGCCUUAUUAAUCACUGGCGAGUUCACACUGGAGAAAGGCCUUACGAGUGCAGUGAAUGUGGGAAAUUCUUUAGCCAAAGCUCUAGCCUCAUGCAACACCGAAAAGUUCACACUGGAGAAAAGCCUUUUAAGUGCAAUGAAUGUGGAAGAUUCUUUAGUGAGAAUUCUAGCCUCGUUAAACACCAGAGGGUUCACACUGGAGCAAGGCCUUAUGAGUGCAGGGAAUGUGGGAAAUUGUUCCGCCACAGCUCCAGCCUUGUUAAGCAUCGGAGGAUUCACACUGGAGAAAUGCCCUAUGAAUGCAGCAGUUGUGGGAAAUCGUUUAGCCAGCGUUUCAACCUCAUUCAACACCAUAAAGUUCACAGUGGAGAAAAGUCUUGAAUGCAGCUAAUGUGGAAAAGUCUUUAACCAAAGGUCUACUCUGAUUCAGCAACAGAAACUUCACAGCUCAAACAGGCCUUAUGAAUACGGGGACAUGAAGAAAGGUUGCAGACAAAGUCUUAACCCUGUUUGGCACGAGAAAGUUCAGAUCGGAGAAAGGCCUUAAGAGUGCAGGGCAUGUGCUGUCUCCUGGUCAACCUAACUUAAACAUAGAAGCUCUGAGAGCAGCCUUUGAGUGAGCCAACAAUUGAAUAUCAUUCAUCCAAACAUGCACACUGGAGCAGGAUGAGAAUUGCUGACAUCCUGCCCCUCUUGAGAGGCUAGUCCUCUGCCUGGCAGCUCUAGUGAGAGGGAGCCCUGUGUUCUUGGCUGCCUCAGUCUGGAGUUUUCAUCUCUGAGUUCGAAGCAGGGAGAGAGGGUGUGGCCUUGGUUCAGAUGUGACUGGCUCUUGCUGUUCAUCCUGAGUAUUAGAUUUCCUUAAAUGUUUCUUCAUUUGCUGUGUAGCCUUAGGAUCAUUUCUAGAGGCUUUAGAUGGUGUUUUUAUAAUUUUUCACCAGUUUCAUUGGGAAGCAGGGCUUGCAGAGCUCCUCACACUGUCAUGCUGGAAGUUGAUCCAAAUAUUUAACUUUUUAAGAACUUGCCACCUUGUGUUCUGAAUGGUUAUGCCAUCUCACAUUUCCUGGAGUGUAUUCGUUUUCCAGUUUCUUCACAUCCUUCCUGACCUUUGUAUGUAAGACACUGGCCAUUCAUUUUAGCCAUUCUAGUAGGUAUGUAGUAGUAUUUCACUGUGGUUUUAAUUUGCAUUUCCCUAAUGACUCCCUGUGUAUUUGCCAUCCAUAUAUCUUUAGUGAAUUAUCUGUUCAAAGUUUUUUGCCUGCUAUUAAGGAAUUGUCUUGCAAUUUCUUAAUAUAUUCUGGGUGCAAGUUACUCAUUUGAUAUAUGCUUUACCAAUAUUUCCUCACAGUCUGUGGCUUUGGCUUUCAUUUCUUAACGUUAUCUUUCCUAGAGUAGAAUUUCUUAAUUUUCAUGAAAUCCAAUUUACCCAUUUGUUUUUUAUUGAUUGUACUUUUGGUAUUGUACUCUUUCUCUUAUCUUUGCCUGUAAAAAGAGCCUUAUCUGAGUAUACUAUUGGAGUCUUAAGACCCUUUUAAAUAUCCAGUCUUGGGACUUUCCUGGCAGCACAGUGGUUAAGAAUCCACCCGCUGAUGCAGGGGACACAGAUUUGAGCCCUGGUCCGGGCAGAUCCCACAUGCCACGGAGCAACUAAGCCCGUGCGCCACAACUAUUGAGCCUGCGAUCUAGAGCCCAUGCUCUAGAGCCCGCAAGCCACAAUUACUGAAGCCUGCAUGCCUAGAGCCCAUGCUCCACAACAAGAGAAGCCACCGCAAUACACAAUGAAGAGUAGCCCCUGCUCGCCACAACUAGAGAAAGCCCAUGCACAGCAACAAAGACCCAACGCAGCCAAAAAUAAAUAAAUUUUAAAAAUAAAUAAAUAUCCAAUCUUGUGAAAUCUCUGUAAAAUUAAAUACACAUAAAAAACUCAAUGUAUGUAGAAAUGUUUACAUAUGAACACAUUCCCUAUCUCUUCUGAGACAGCCUAGAAAGAAGUGGCAUUCCAGCAGCUGUGAGCAUAUUUAUUGUCCAGUUAUUGGCUUAUGAAUACGAUAUUUCAAUAAAAAGAAUCAGAACUCCUUAGAUAAGAGGCUAUUUCCAGGUUGGAGCUGGAAAAGUAUAACACGAGCAUAGGAAAUAUUCUUGCAUUAGAAAGU